AUGGGUCGAGUGCAAAACAAUUUGUUUUUUUGGCAUCCCAGCCUGAGGGCGGGCGUGGGUGGUUUGGAUGGUGUGUCUCGUCACCUUCAACCAUGGCAGAUCGAGAAAGAAUUGGACGAAACUUUUUCAGAUCGUCGGCUCUUGGUGGAAGCGGAGGCAAUGGACCCUACCAGCUUGGGCAUCGAACGGAGGGAGAAAGUGGAGGAGGUGGAACCCAGUGUCGGAGGCAGCGGCUAUCUUCCCGAGGUUCCUCUUCUUCCGGAGGUCCAACGAUGGGGCGGUCAGGUGAACAUGUCCUUGGUUCCCUUGCUCCGUGCCCUGGAAGAUUCGGGGCACGCUGAGGUCUUGCAGGCUUACUCUUCUUUGAGCAGCGACCACAAACACAAGCUGGCGGAGGCGCUCAGGAAGCUGGAAAUGCCGACUCAAGAGGUAGAGGGGCAAUCGAGCCAAGAGGGCGCAUUCUCGCGUAUCUCAAGCACAGCCACAUUGGAGGGGGUGUCUCCAAAGCCGAUCCUGAGACCCGCGAGUCGACCAUUGAGCCCUGCUGUGGAGGCAAAGCUGAAGGAAUGCUUCGAUGAAAUUUCGAAGCGAAGUGGCAUGAUUGACUUGAGUACCUACAAACAGGUGAUGAGGAAAUUGCAGGUGCCACUUGAUGAUGAUCAGAUGGAGAGAGUCUUUGAAUCCGUUGAUCGGAACAAGGAUGGGAAAUUGAGCUUCGACGAGUAUACCAAGCUGGUGAUGCUGGGAAUGUAG